GGUUCUGCAAUGAUGUUCCGACUAAUACUCGUGUCAGUUCUCUCUGCCUGCUUAGCUGGCCCCAAAUUUGAGUCGCCUGUCAACAUUCUGCGGCGUUACGUCAAGAUGUUCAACACCUAUGAUCCUUGCCUCGAAUACGAAAACCCGGAUGUCAUCGACCAGGAUAUAGAGAUGAAAUGCAUCGGCGCAUUCAACUACAUGGACCGUCUUCCCGCGGGCGAUCUCCCACUCUAUUGCCUCCUGUCCCAGAGGACCCAGAGUCCCAGUUGCCGCAACUUCCGAGGUAAAAUGAGAUGCAUGGUCACAGCCAAACACACGAUCAUCGCUCGAUUGAUGGGACCAUCAACUAUUCACACCCAAAUAAUGGUGAUGCCAGUGCCGCUGGCUGCCUGCGCUGAAACGGUCGGAGUCGGGAUUCCAUCUUCCGAAAACAUACACGCCGCGCUAAGGAAGAACGCCUUUCAAGAAUAG